CCCACCACCCUAAUCUAGAUUCCAUUCCCAUCACCGCCACCGUGUCCCCGGCCCACCUCCGCCCGCGUCUUCCUUCUCUAUAAAAUACUUAAAACUAACUUCUUCCCCUAUAGGCUAUAGCAUUCCUCCAAAACCAGCGAAUUUCCGGUCAACUAUCGAACGCAGUCUUGAAGAAAUUGAUCUUUCAAUUCGGAACAGGAGAGCUAGAUCAGAGAAGAGAUGUGCUUGGUAUUCGUCUGUGAUGAAGAUGAAAGAGUUCUGGCAAGGCAAAUAGCACCAGGGGCGUGCCCAUACUGCGGUGGGAUGGUUCAAGCCCUGGAUGUGGAGAAAGAAUGGCGAUUCUGCUUUGUCCCUCUUUACUUCAAGGCCAAACGCAAGUAUUUCUGCACCAUCUGCGCCAGGCGCCUCACCAUCCAAUAAUCUCUCUCUUAAGCAGAGAUGAUUGUAAUUAAUUAGAUGAUGACUCAUCUAAUUGUAUAUAAUUAAUAACAAAUACACUUUCUGAUUUGCUUUUUACUUUGCUUCAGAUGUGAUGAUGAUGAUGCAAGAAUAGUUUUGUGUGUGUGUGUGUGUGUGUAAAUAUUUGUUGAUUGUUAAUCCUGAGGUUAAAUGAUCCGCAAUUUUGUGUUUA